GAGCUGGGGCCAGCACGAGCUGCUGAGUCAGGAGUCCCCCAGGACCCAGCAAGUGUCUGGCAGGCACGUCCACACUGCCGGGAGGAAGUACAGCCUGGGGAAGCAUGGGUUGGCCACUUGUGCUGGGCGAAGCUCCUUGGCUCACACUGCACUGGGACAGAGAAUCCCAGUCACCAGCCAUCAUGAGUGCUGAGUCUCUGCACCUUCCACCAUGACUUGAUCAUCUCUCUCACUGAGAAACAAGCUCCAGGGUUGGCGAUUUGUCCACACUAUUUGCUAAGCCUUGAGCAGUCCCGAGCACACAGUAACACCACAAUCUGGCAAACAAUGAGUAAGCAAAUUUCCCCUUGAAAGCAUCCCUUCGGAGAGGUUUGGAGAGCUGGCCAGACCCCCAGGCUGCCCUGGUGCUUGUGUAAGGGGGUGUCCCUCACCUUGCAGCAGGCCCAGGAAGAUUCCAGGCUAGAACCCUGCAAGGCUCAUGUGUUAUCAAGAUCACAAGUGCAGGUCCUGGUGCUCAACAAAAAUUGGGACAAGACCAGCAUGCCACAGGGUCACAGGUGCUGUUGUAAUACCUACUGUGCCACACCAGGCAGGGGUGACAGACCUUUAGGUUCCCUGUGAAGGUCCCAUGGUGAUCCCAGGCUCUCCCAGCACCCUGUAAUCUGGCUUUGGUCUCUACCUAUAGAGAAACUGUCUAAAUCAAGGGGAGGUGGCUGCCCCACCCCUCACCCCGCAGUGUAAACAUUUCCCAGCCUCCCACAGGCACACACACAAAUACCAGGCUGGCAGCUGGGCCAGCCCCGCCCUCCGUGCUGUUUUCCUCUGAGAACCUUCCUAAGAGCUGCUAUUUUGAGCUUUCCUGACAGUGAUUGAUGACUGGAGGAAACAUUUAAAAGCAGCAGCGGGUGUCUGGGUUUGCCAGACAGCGCAGGGGAAGAAUCCACAGCACAAAGAAUCCACCGAACAUCGCCCUCUUCCCAGUGACUGAGAGCUAGAGACCAGCUGUGACUGCCCACCUCUGGGUGUUUCAUUCGGAUUAGACAAUCUUUUCUCAUCCAGACUCUCACCACCCUGUCUGCUGACCCACAGCAGCAAUGAGGUCCCGGCUUCUGCUGCCUGUGCCACACUUGCCGACAAUUCGGGAAACUUGCGAAGAGUUAUCACAUGGGGCACCUGGACAGGAGGAGCCCCCAAAUUCUCCCAGCCUGGAUGACUAUGUUAGGUCUAUUUGCCAGCUGGCACAGCCCACCUCAGUGCUGGACAAGAUCCGAAGCCGACCUCAUAGACCAUACCGGCCAGCCUGGACUAGAGAGAAGAGAUGCCAGGCCGAGUCUGUAGCAGACAGCUCUCCUUGCUUCAGCAGCCUACAGCCCCCGCUGCCCUCUCCUGGCACUGACAACCCUCUGGACUGGCUCUUCGGGAAGUCCCAGGAACAGCAGGCAGACAGAAGAGACCUGCCCAAUGGGCCCGACUCUUCUGAUCACUGGGGUGUGCACAGACAGAUGGAGGAGAACAGGGGGAGGCUCUGUGAGGCCAGGCUACCUGAGAACUCUCCAGGAAGAAAAUCAGGGCAUAGGCAGCAGACCUCUGACCGGAAAAGCUGGACUUCCAGAAAGUCUCACCAGGCCUUAGCCGCUGUCUCCGGCUCUCGCCCUAGCAGCAUCCUCAGCACACUCUGCUUGCACCUGCCAGUGAUCCAUGAACUCUAACCCCUCCCCAGUCAAAGUUCAUAAAGACUAUGGUGGGUCCCUGUGCCUGC